AUGACGCGCGGCCCGACCCUGCCCCCUCUUCCUCAGGUCGCGCCCUUGCCCCGAUUCGGUUGCCGCCGAUUCGCGCUGCCGUUCGCGCUCUACGCGGUGGUAAUCGCUGCGCGGGCCAACGAGCCACAAAGGGCAUCGCCCUUUGUGCCGUUCGUUCGUACCGCGUACCUCGCAGUCGAUCGCGAGGAAGGCAGUGACGGCCUAGCGGCCAUCGUCCCCAACACCACAACGACAAACAGCACACGAGUCGCCACUCAGACGCAGCCGGGUUCGUUCUUUAGUAUCGGCAACUACGGAGGCGCCGAGGAUGACAUCGGAACCAUCGACGUUAGCAGCGAUGGUGGCUUCAACCGCGCCAACGUUGACGACUCGAUCGCGGCGCUCGGCGUCUACGACCUCGCGGCGAGCGACCCUCCGACUCCCGACCCGGACGAGACGGUCCUCGACCAGCAGAUCGCCAUCAUCCUGAACGACCUCAACAACGCCUUAACGGUAAUCAACGCCCUGGACGACGAGGACCAACUGGGCUUCAUCGGCGUGAGCGGCAGCUUCACCGCGGCCAGCGUCGCCCUGCAAGACCUGGUCAUCGCCCAAGAGACUCUGCCCAACAACCCGCCCCUGGGCGAAGCGUCACCCAACCAGUUGGACGCGGAGAUCGCGGCCUUGAACGCCGCGCUCAUCUUCCUCAACCUCGACUUGGCCGGGAUUGUCUUGGAGGUCGACGACGCCGGAGGCGGCGACGGCGCCGCUGCAGAUGGCGGCGACACCCGCCUCGCCGACGACAUCAACCAGAACGGCAGCGGCGGCGCCAUCCGUGUCCUCGCCGACAUCGACGGCGACGGCGUCACCGAACCGGAUGAGGUCGUCGCCGUCAUCAACGACUUCGGCGAUGUGCACGAGUUCAACGUCUUCUUCGACCAGGUCGCGGUCCACGAACGUUUCACAGCCAACAGCAUCGAGCUGAUGAAGCAGACCGUCCUGGGAGGCGGCCCCGCAUCGGCCUCGGAUGGCUGGCGUGUCGAUGGCUUCGUUGACGACUGGUCAUUCGGCGUGGGCGACGAGGUGCGGGGGCUUUCGCCGCUCCCGCCGUCGUUCAUCAGCCGCGUCGGCGCCGAGGGCGUCCGUCGCUGGAUGCAGGGGCUGAGCGUCUCGACCUACGGCUCCGCGGGCGUGCGGGCGAUGCACCUCGAAGACCGCUUCUCGUUCCUGGGGCUCGAUUCGAUCCUCGGUCGGACCAGCGUCAACCAAGAGAACGACCACUACGUGCUCGGCCCGCAACUAGGCCUCGGCUGGGUCGCCGAGGGACCGACGCUCCGCUUCGAGGCGGCGCUGCUGGGGCUCGCUGGCUACGGCCGCGUCGAACGGCGGCAAGCCGGCGUCUUCGGAGAAGAAGUCAUCCCCGGGGCGUUGAACCGUGCGGCAACCGCGAGCAGCACGAGCAGCCGCCGCGCCGACGGCGACGACCGAGUCGCCUGGCACGGCGAGUCCCGCCUCACCGCCAGUUGCCAACUGACCCAGCGCCUCCGCUUCGACGCCACGUGGCGAUGGAUGGUCACCGGGCCGAUCUCCUCGGCCUACGAGUCGGUCGGCUGGAACGCCCCCGACUUCGGUCUGUCGCGCACGAACGACGAUCAACGCUUGACGCUCGACAACCACUCGCCGGUGCAGCAUUCGCUUGUCGCCCUCGCGAUGGCUGCAAUCGCGGCUGCGUACACGGUCGCUGAAGAGCCGGCGCCGAAUCCGUUAUUCUCGUCGUUCAUUCAAGCCCAAUUGAACACCGAGUCGACGAGCCAUCGCUUGGAUGCUGGCGAUUUCAACAUCUUCUUCGACGACACCGUCUGGGAAGAGUCGUUGACGCCUUAUGAAGUCGCGAUCAGCAAACAGCACGUGUUCGGCGGCGGUGAAGCCAAUCGCUUCGCACGCGGCUGGAGGGUUGAUUCGGCGAUCGACGCCUGGCGGCUUCGGUUCGGCGACGAGGUGCGUGGACUGCGUCCUGUCAACGCCGGCGGAUUCAGACCGGGAACGCCGCAAGCGGUCGUUGCCUGGUUCGACGAGAUGCGCGUCUCGACCUACGGGAUCUCUGGCAUCGAGUACCAGCGUGCCGACAGCGAGUUCUACUUCCAGGGUGUCGGGUCGGUCCUUGGUCGGACCAUGGUCAACACGCGAAUCGAUCACGACCUUGUCGGCCCGAGGCUGGGCCUCGGCGCCGUCGCCGAGUCGUCGAUCUGGCGGUUUGAGGCGGUGGCUCUCGGUUCGGUUGGCUAUGGCUGGUGGGAGCGGCGCCAGAACGGGGUCUUUGGUGAAGAGUUGAUUCCCGGCGCGUUAAACCGGCCGGUCGUCGCACGCACGUCGGUGUCCGCCAACGGAGACGACGGCGACGGCGUCGCCUGGAGCGGCGAAAUACGCCUCACGGCAGGUUGCCAACUAACGCAGCGGUGGCGCUUCGACGCCACCUGGCGUUACGGCUUCAUCGGCCCCGUCCAAGAUGCCUACCGCGCCACCGCCUGGAACGCGCCCGAGUUUGGGUUGAAUCCGGAAGACGGCCGCACACUCGAUGGCGACGCGUGGUUCCUCGGCUUCACCUACACCCACUGCCGCGACCUCGUCGCCCGCGGGGCACUUCCGCCGCGGCAGGAAGCGGCCGUUGCGGAGCUCUUCGACCUCUUUGAUCGACACGCGAUGACGCGGCAGAUCGGCCACGGCCAAACCCGCCGGCCGAUCUCGGUCCGUUCGAGUUCCGACAUCACGGCCGCGGUGCCGAGCGACUCGGCUAGGUCGUACGCCUUCUUGCCGUCGAUCUUGAUCGCCUUCGAUGUCGUCGCUCGGGCUGCGGCGACCGAGCACGAACGUGCCGCGGUAUCGCUUCGGCUGCCGCUGGACGUGCUCGAUGAGCUUCGUCGCCUGGCCGACGCAGAGCACGAGCACGCCGGUGGCGAUCGGGUCGAGCGUCCCCGCGUGGCCGACCUUGGCCGCCUUCACGCCGUCGCGCUUGGCGAUCUGCUUGAGCAGCCACUGCACGCGGUUGACCGCGUCGCGCGACGUGACGCCAGCGGGCUUGUUGACGUUCAGGAGGCCGAACAAGUCGCUCACUCCAGCACGGUAGCCAGGGCGAAGCCGUCGUGGCCCUUGGCGCCGACGGUUUGCACGACGGUCGCGGCGACGCGUGACUCGGUCGUGAGCAGCUCGACCAGCGAAGUAGUCGGGGAUCGACGGUUUGUCGGCGUCGAUGAAGACCAAGUCGAACGGCCCGGCGCCUUCUUGCUCGAGCUGGGGAAGCGUCUCGAUCGCCCGGCCCACCCGGACGUCGACGCGGUCCGCGACGCCGGCGUUGGCGAGGUUCGCCCGAGCGACUUCGGCGUGACGCGGGUCGGCUUCGAGCGUCGUGACACGCCCGUCCUCGGCGAGCGCUCGGGCGAGCCAGAUCGUGCUGUAGCCGCCGAGGGUGCCGAUCUCGAGCACGCGUUUCGCCGCGACCGAGCGGGCCAGCACCUGCAGCAGCUUGCCCUGGUUCGGCGAGACGGCGAUCUCCGGCAACCCGGCUUCCUGGCUGGCGGCCAAGGCGGCGUCGAGCGCGGCGUCGUGUUGCGCGAGGCGCGGGCCGAGAUAGUCAUCGACCGCGCUAUAGACUUCGGUGGACAUCGACGCCUGGACUCCCGAGAAACGAAGCGAGCGGCGGCUCGGCGUGUGUACGAACGAGCCGGCGUGCAGGAUAAUCGUCGCGGCGCGGGGAAGCACCCCAGCGCGUUCGCUGCGAUCCAGCUCCACGACUUGGAGAUCGACGAGCCUUCUCUCGAGAAGCUCGACGCGUAUCGCGAGUCGCUCUGGAGCUGGAACGAAAAGCUCAACCUGACGCGGCACACAACGCUCGAAAAGUUCGUCGCCCGCGACCUGUUCGACACGCUGCAGCUCUCGGCCCUGAUCGACGAGGGCGAGCGGGUGCUCGACAUCGGCUCGGGCGGCGGCGUGCCGGGGCUGCCGCUGUCGGUCCUACGGCCCGACCUCGACGUCAGCGUCUGCGAAUCGGUCGCGAAGAAAGCGAACGUCCUGGCGUCGAUGGUCGAGACGCUAAGUCUGCCCGUCACGGUCUACGGGGAACGCGUCGAGCACCUGUUCGAGCCCGAAGCGGGCGUCGCGCCGUUCGAGACGUUGAUCGCACGAGCGGUGGCGCCGCUCUGGAAGUUUAUGCGUUGGCUCCGACCGCAACCCGACCAAUGGGGACGGCUGCUGCUGAUCAAGGGACCGAGCUGGGUAGAGGAACGGGGCGAAGCUCGGCACCGUGGCCUGAUGAAGGGCUACCAACUGCGCCGAGUUGCCGAGUACACGACUCCCGGCAGCGACGCGGUCAGCACCGUGCUCAGCGUCUCGCGCUAG